AUGGAUCUAGAACUAAACACUAACCUCAUCCUCAUCACAUCCUUUGUUUUUGUUUUCGUGCUUAAUGCUUUCUUCAAAUGGUUCUCGAAGGAGCAGUGUUCGAAGGCUUCUAUGAAGCUGCCACAGAGCCCUCUGGCUUUACCAUUCAUUGGUCACCUUCAUUUGAUAGGCAAAGUAUUGCCUGUGUCAUUCCAGAGCAUAGCUCGGAAGUAUGGUCCACUCAUGGAGAUCCGUCUUGGUGCUUCUAAGUGUGUUGUGGUCUCCAGCUCUUCGGUGGCGAGAGAGAUCUUCAAGGAGCAAGAGCUUAAUUUCUCCUCGAGGCCUGAGUUUGGUUCUGCUGAGUACUUCAAGUAUAGAGGGUCUAGGUUUGUCCUUGCGCAGUAUGGAGAUUACUGGAGGUUCAUGAAGAAGCUGUGCAUGACCAAGCUUCUUGCUGUUCCGCAGCUUGAGAAAUUCGCUGACAUCCGUGAGGAGGAGAAGCUGAAGCUGGUCGAGUCCGUGGCUAAGUGCUGCAGAGAAGGGAAGCCUUGUGACUUGAGUAGCCAGUUCUUGACUUACACCAACAAUGUAAUCUGCAGGAUGGCAAUGAGCACGAGGUGUUCGGGUACUGAUAACGAAGCAGAAGAGAUUAGGAAGCUGGUCAAGACAUGUUUGGAGCUUGCAGGGAAGGUCAGUGUAGGAGAUGUGUUGGGGCCUUUGAAAGUACUGGAUUUUUCUGGGAAUGGGAAGAAAUUAGUGGCUGUAAUGGAGAAAUAUGACCUACUUGUAGAGAGGAUCAUGAAGGAACGUGAGGCAAAGGAGGUAAAGAAAGAAGGUAUGAGAAAGGACAUUUUGGAUAUAUUGUUGGAGACUUACAGAGAUCCCGCUGCUGAAAUGAAGCUCACGAGGAAUGACAUGAAAUCUUUCCUGUUGGAUGUUUUCAUGGCUGGAACAGAUACAUCAGCAGCAGCAAUGCAGUGGGCAAUGGGGCAACUAAUAAACCAUCCACAAGCGUUCAACAAGUUAAGAGAAGAGAUCGAAACCGUUGUUGGAAGCAAUAGACUAGUCAAUGAAUCAGACGUUCCUAACCUCCCGUACCUUCGAGCUGUCCUAAGGGAGACUUUGAGGCUCCACCCUUCAGCUCCACUAAUCAUAAGAGAAUGCGCAGAAGAUUGCCAGGUGAAUGGGUGCCUUGUCAAGUCAAAAACCCGUGUGCUUGUAAAUGUCUAUGCAAUCAUGCGAGAUCCAGAACUGUGGAAGGAUGCAGACAAAUUCAUACCCGAGAGAUUUCUAGAGAGCUCUGAAGAGAAGAUAGGUGAACAUCAGAUGGAGUUCAAGGGUCAGAAUUUCCGUUACCUUCCUUUUGGGAGUGGAAGAAGAGGAUGUCCAGGAGCAUCGCUUGCCAUGAAUGUGAUGCAUAUAGGUGUGGGUUCAUUGGUGCAGCACUACGACUGGAAAAGUACCGAUGGGGAGAAGAUUGAUCUGAGCCAAGGUUCUGGUUUUGCUGCUGAGAUGGCUCGACCACUUGUGUGCAACCCUAUGGAUUGCUUCAAUACCAUCUGA